AUGAGUGCACUUGCUAAUCGACCAAAUAGUGGAGCGAUUGGUGGAGUUCCUGGUAGCAGCACUGAUGGCUCAACAGAUAACAAUGUUCUUUCGCAAUAUAAGGUGCUCACUCUAACAUUCAAUCAAGACUGCACAUCACUCGCAAUGGGUACACGAAAAACGUAUGCAUUAUUCACGAUAAGUCAAGAUAAUAAAAUCGAUGAAAUAUACGAUUGUGCCUAUGACGAUGUCUGUAUAAUUGAACGUCUAUUCUCAAGUUCAUUGACAGCACUUGUCAGUAAUCAAGCGCCACGGAAAUUAAAAGUUUGUCAUUUUAAAAAGGGAACGGAAAUAUGUUCGUAUUCAUUUGCGAAUACAAUUCUCGCCGUUAAGCUUAAUCGAUUGCGGCUCAUUGUCUGUUUGGAAGAAAGCAUUUACAUCCAUAACAUGCGCGAUAUGAAAGUCUUACAUACGAUUCGAGAUGUACCAUCCAAUCGUGAAGGUCUUUGCGCCCUAUCAUCGAAUAGUGAAAAUUCAUAUUUAGCGUAUCCGGGCAGUUCUAUAACUGGUGAAAUACAAGUUUUCGAUACAUUAAAUCUAAAACCAGGUAUUAUGAUUAGCGCACAUGAAAGUCCACUCACUGCAAUGGCGUUUGAUAUGACUGGAACCAAAUUGGCUACAGCGUCGAAUAAAGGGACGGUGAUUCGUGUUCAUAGUGCGAUCGAUGGCACUCGACUUUUUGAAUUUCGUCGAGGAGUUCGACGAGUUGCAACCAUCUAUUCAUUAGCAUUUAGUCCUGACGCAAUGUUCUUAGCAGCAUCAAGCAAUACGGAAACAAUUCAUAUAUUCCGUCUCGCUAAUCCGAAAGAAAAAGCACCGGAGGAGGCGACAUGGAUGGGUUACUUUGGUCGCAAAUUGAGUGACGUCGCCCAUUAUUUACCGAAACAAACAUCUGAAGUCUUAACACAAGACCGAUCAUUUGCAUUUGUACACUUACAAUCACCUGGCAUGAAAACAACAAUUGCUAUGAAUGUAUUAAACAAAACAUUGAAGUUAUUCGUCGCCGGUUACGAUGGCGUUGUUUGUGUCUAUGAAGUAAACACAAUUGAUGGCGGUGAAUGCAAGCAAAUCAGUCAAUAUCUCUUAUUCAGUAUGUCUCCUAAUACAACUAAUCAACAAGCAUUAACAACAACAACAAAUGAAACGCGAAAUUCGCUUGACGGCGGUUCUACACGAGUCUAUCCAAACAAUGUUUUAGCAAAUGAUAAUGCAUCGAUUCCAUUAUCAUCCACACCACCACCAACAAGUCCAACAUCGGGCAAAAAUCUUGUUCAUCCUUCAUCAAAUAUUUCCAUUGAUGAACAAAAUUUUCCUCGAUUACCAUCUCCUCCACAAGGUGUUUAUGAUUAG